AUGCUGGCUCCCAUUACUGCCCUCGUCGGACUCACCUGUUCAGGCCUGGUCUCUGGACUCACACUGGCCUACCCCGUGCUGGUCAACACGCACUUCUUGGACCAGCAAGGGGCCAAGAUCUCGCCCUCGGCUCUCCACGUCAAUCUCAACAUCGCGCAAAGGCUCACGCUUUGGGAACGCGCUUUCAAGGCAGGAUUUGUGAUUCCUGCAGUUUCUGUCCUGUCCGCUGUCAUGCUGACCACAUUCGCCUUCAGCUGCGAUCCUCGGAACGACAAGAAUGCCCUCAUGAAGCGUCUCGGGAGCAACUGGGAGCUUCGCAAGAAAUAUAUCCUCGGAGCCGCCGCCUUGUCGGUCAGCCUGAUCGUCUUCACGGUGGCGGCGAUUUUGCCGACCAACGCGAAGCUCUUGGCAUUGAGACAAGCCGCCAACAACAGGGAGACCAUCGAUGUCAACCAGGCCGAAUCGUUGAUGCGAAGGUGGACGCAGCUUCACAAUGUUCGCGUUGUCGCUGCUUUCAGCAGCUUUGUUCUUGGCUUGUACUCUUUUGUAGUGCUCUGA